AUGUUUCACUGUCUAACGGGAGCUCGGAUCGGAAAUCAGAGGUCAGAGUUUCACACAAGUUCUGCAGUGUGAAGAUGGUGGAUUUUGGAGAGAUCCUGAGAACCAUCGGAGACUUUGGCUUCUUCCAAAAGAUCAUCCUUCUUGCGUUAGCCUUCCCCAACUUCUUAUUCCCCAUCUUCUUCAGCAGUUUCCUUUUCAUGCAGUCCGAUCCGGAGCGACACUGCAACACGGACUGGAUCCUCCAGGCUGACUCCAACCUGACCACGGGCCAGCAGCUGAACCUCACGCUGCCCCGCCAGGAGGACGGGACCUUCAGCAGGUGUCAGAUGUUCGUCCCUGUGGAGCGGGACAUCGGAGACAUCCGGGAGUACGGGCUCAAUGAGACCACGGCGUGCCAGCAGGGAUGGAAGUACCACAGCAGCGUGUACGAGGCCACCAUAGUCACGGAUUUUGACCUCGUCUGUGACGAGUCGGAGAUGCCUCAUCUUGUGCAGACGAUAUUCAUGGGCGGUUUACUCGCUGGUUCAUUCAUCUUCGGCCCUGCAGCUGAAUCGUACGGACGCAGAAGAACCACGCAGUUACCAGUUGUUCUCCUGCUGAUAUUCGUCACAGUUGCUGGCGCGUCUCCAAAUGUCUAUGUUUACAUGUUGGCACAGUUCAUAGUUGGAGCUGCACUCGGAGGAUAUAGAAUUAACUCCACCGUAUUGGCUACAGAGUGGAUUGGAGUCACCAAAAGGUCCAUGGCCGCGUGUGUGAGCCAGAUGUUUGCAGCUGUUGGACAGUGUGCCAUGGCUGGCUUGGUCUAUGCUAUCCGUGACUGGAGAAAAGUGCAGUUUGUCAUAGCAGGAGCGCAGGCCUUUAUAUUCCUGUACAUAUGGUGGAUUCCGGAAUCUGCGAGGUGGUUACUUGGACAGGAAAGAACCGAAGAAGCACAUAAGUUGAUCCGUAGAGUUGCAGCGAUCAAUAAAAAGAAAAUUCCAGAAAACCUGCUGGAUGAGGUGACUGAGAAACGAGAAGUCCAAAGUGGAGGAAUCAGAGCAAUCUUGACCUCAUCAGUCCUGAUGAAGUAUUUGUUUGUUAUAUCCUUUGCUUGGUUUUCAUUAAAUCUAGGCUACUUCUGCCUCGUUCUGAAUGUGGGGAAGCUUGGUCUGAACAUUUUCCUGGUUCAGUUCCUCUUUGGGAUCACCGAGGUGCCGGCACAUUUCCUCUGUAUUUGGGUUCUAGAGUUGAUUGGGAGAAAGAAAUCGCUCAUAUCGUCCCUCCUGACCGGCAGUUUCUUUUGCCUCCUGACCCUGGCGUUCCCUCGGGACAGCGCCGUUGUUAUCACGGCCCUCAUUACCGCUGGGAAGUUCUUUUUGAACUGGGGGGGCUCCGUAUGCAUGGUCUACAUCCAGGAGUUGUUUCCCACUUCUGUCAGGCAGACAGCCGUUGGCUUUGGCUCCAUCGCCUACCGAGGCGCCGGCCUGCUGUCUCCUUUGCUCAACGUUUUGGCUGCGUACCACCGGUCCAUUCCCGUCGGGGUCUUCAGCAGCCUGACUCUGAUCAGCGGGGCGCUGGUCUUCCUGCUUCCGGAGACGAGGAGAAAAGAGCUUCCCGAUUGGACGAACGAGGCCGAGCGCAGCAGGAAUAUGACCGAGAAGAACACAGGAAGUGACGCCAACAUCGUCGAACACAACAGCAGAAAAUCCACCAAACUCUAGUUGGAAUGCCAUAUUAUUACAGGGGGUUUUCUUGUGUAUUGUCAGAGCUAUAUAUACAAUAUAUAUAUACAAUAUAUAUAUAUAUAUAUAUUGUAUAUAUAUACAUACACACACAGUAGAAUACUUUAGUUUGGACACAAUGUUUCCGUCGAUCUUGCCGAUUGGCCCCGUUGUUGGUUCACUGCGUCUGACGGAAUCGUCUUUAUUUCAGUCUGUUACUGUUUCACUGUUCUAGCAGCAGCCGGCUGCUCUUGAGAAAGUUGGCUGAAGAAAUGAUAAACCCAGAUCAUGCACAGCAGCUAAAGUGCAGAAGAAGUCCGUGAAGUACGGGGAACAAUGUUGAAUGCAUAAGCUGGUGGGAAUGUAAACACUGAGUCCACAGGAGGAGGUUUGACUUGUCCACCAUUAACACGCUCGUGUAACGAUAUGAGUGGUGACCUCCACCCGCUGCUUAUCUGUCUGAAGCCGCCGUGGCUUUAUGAUCGGCGGUCAGAUCAUUUACAUGUGAGCUCACAAGCAGUUGAGUUUCACAUUCAGCAGAGAUGUGCGACUUUACCAGGAUGCAACAUUCUGUGUGUAAAGCUGCAGAUGCGUCACAUCCCAUCGGAGAUCAACCCUGAAAAAAGAAUGUUUUCUUUAUGUUUGACCCUUUGACACACGGACACGUGAGAAGUUCUACAGAUGUAUUUUCCCAUCUGGAUGUUUUGAAAGGCUGUAUUGUAUUUAACACAGACACCUAAUGUUAAUCAAUUAACACAUUAUGUCUUAAUCUUAAUAAAUAAAAUAGAAAAGUGAA